AGCAUUGGUCAGUUGCUAUUGCACUCUCGAGGGGAUCGCUUCGUCCACAGAAAAGCUUUUUCAUUUUUAUUUUUGUUAAAAGCCAACGCUUGAACUUGUGUGUGUGUGUGGAUAACCCAACGGAUUCUCAACGUCAAGAAAAAGAAUCGACCAUGAGUUUUGGCCAAAAGUGAUGGUCGUUUUUGUGAUAAAUCAUUUGGAAAAAAGAAAGGCCGGUUAAUUUCAUUUGCCUCGUGUUAAAGGAGAAAUUCCGACCACAUGUGUGUUGUUGCUGCAUCAGCCAAUUGUGACCGGGAUGGCGUGACCCUGGAUUAUUAUCAUGUUCUUCACUCCAAACAGAAUUGAAGAAGAAGAAGAAGAUAUUUGACGGAGAAGAAGCAACGCGGGAGCGGGGGGAGUCAUCUCUCCUCCUCCUGGUCCGUCAGACCGUGCAGCGUGUUCCAUGGCCAGUCCCGAGGGCAGCAAAAAGGGAUCAUCGUCGGGAGGUCAACAACAACAACAUCGUCGCCGAAGCAACAGCCACAACAACGAGAACAGCCCGCAGAGCAGCUCGGCUGCGAGCUCGUCGUCGUCGAGUCAUCACCAGCAGCUGAGUCUGCGGGCGCCGGUGAUCCGGCAUCGCGAUCCCAAGGCUCCCGUCGUCAUCAGCGGUUGGCUCUUUAAACAAGGCAGCGAUGGCCUUAUGUUGUGGAAGAAGCGAUGGUUCGCCCUCUCCCAGUACUGCCUCUUCUACUACGACGGUCCUGAAGAGGAGAAAGUCUUGGGUUCGUUGCUACUUCCCGGCUACACGAUCCGUCCGUGUUUGGCGGGAGAUCGGGACCGAUUGGUUUACCGCAAAUACGCCUUCAAAGCCGAGCACCGCAACACUCGCAGCUUCUAUUUGGCCGCCGAUUCUCGUCCGUCUAUGAUCCAGUGGAUGAACGCUCUCAGCUUGGCCGCCAUCCUACAAGAUUCCAAGAGCCUGUCCAUCACAUCCGAGUUGAACAAGAGUCAAUUGGACGUGUCCAGUGGAUCCGCCGCUCUCAACGGAAGUCGUCGUUCCUCCAAGGCCGUCGUCGCAGAGAACAAGGCGCAAGGGGUUGAUGCGUCGUUCGACUCGACGGCACCCGAUCAGCCGACAGGUCAAAGGCAGCCGUUGUACGCCAACGCUCCACCGAAACCGCGACGGGCGUUGAACACGAGCCGAGAUUCGUAUUGUUCGAGUUCGCCGGAUCGGUCACCGGAACGACCAGUUGUGGUGGCAUCGUCGACACCUUCGACGGCGGCGGCGGCAGGUAAAACAACAAUCCAAUCUGCCGAAGGAGGAGGAGGAGCGUUGCCGUUUGAAUUGCAAGGCAACAACCGUACGCCGGCGCCAUCUAGUGCCAUGUACGGACAACACCAGCAAGUGGCUGUUCGCCAGAUGCAGCGCGGCCAGUUUCAGAACGGCGGUCGAGGAUGGCCUCAUCAACAACAACAACAGCAGAUGACAAGGCCCGUCUCGGCAGAAGUGACGACGCUGUUGCAGCAGCAACAACAACAACAAUCUCAACAACAGACGAUGAUGAGGCAUCGCAACAGUCCCCACCAGCUGCCGGCCGAACGACGAACGCCGGACGCCUACGGCCGAUUCAAAACCGAGUACGAAGAUGUUUACAACAAUAGCAGCACGGCCAGUUCGACCAAUUCGCCUCAAAUGCUUCCGGCGGGAUCGUCACCCGCCACCGCUUCCUCCUCCAAGGCGUUUGUAGUGGCCCACAGGAGCGAAGUGGCCCGUCGGGUGCCUCCCAGGCCUCACAGUGUAGACUUUCUUCAGUAUCCGACCAUACCGGGCACUCCGCCACUACAACAACAACCCAGUGACUAUUGGUCUUCCGAACAAAAAUAUGCCCAGCAGGUCAGACAGUCGGUCAUGCGCAACUAUCCGCGCGAACAGCAACCGGCCGACAAUGUUCAGCUGGCGCCAAAGGAAUCGGAACAACCAUCAACACCUCAACAGCAACAGCAACAGCUACAACAACAACAACAUCAACGUCGAGUAGUGCGUGAUCCGGCAGAAAUAUCUCGAGACGUGAAAGAGAGCGCCCUCUGGUCCUAUGUCCAGGCGGCUGGACAGCCGCAUCUAUCCGGUGCUCAUCACCGCCCACCGGGCAAGACGAUACUAUCAGCUUCGCAGGAGAAUCUGAUGGCCGAAGAAUCUUUAGCUCUUUAUCGUACAGGCAACGAGGGUCAGCAGCAACCACAACAGCAACAACCGCAACUCUUUCACCGCUCCGCCAGCGCCCGGCUGCCCAAAAUGGCCAAACAACAGCCGGAUUUGCUCAAUUCAUCGCUGGCCGAUCAUCCGCUCGAAAUGGAUAACAAACGAAUCGAGCAGAGAGAAGAAUCGAUGAAACGGUUGCUGGAAUGGAAGCAGAGGAUGUUGCAGUCGCCGUUAACUAGGAAAAGCGGCAACAGUGUCGUGAGUGGGGGAAGUGGCGCCCGCAGCAGCGAACGGAGUACGCCGACCCUCGCCGAUAGAGACGCUCCGUCUCCGCGGAUGCGGAUCGACUCUCCCCUUCUCCAUCCGCAGCAGCAGCAGCAGCAGCAGCAACUGCAUCAGCAGCCAAGCCCCAUCCAGUUGGCGGAUUACGGAGGAAAUGGAAACGUCGCCAUGGGCAAUUUCGCCACGAUGAGGCGGACGGUGGCGCGGGCGGCGCAAGAUCUUCUCGUUCAGGAGCAACUCUACCAGCAGCAACAACAACAGCAGCAGCAGCAACAACAACAACAGCCACCGCUUCCACUGAAUGUGGCCUUCCGGGCCUCGUUGAAACGUCCGGCAGCCAACAACGACAAAAUCAAAAUCCAACUGGACGAAGAGGCCGACGUCCGCAAGGAGUUCACCUACGAGUACGUUUUGACGGAGCAGUCGCGAGAAGGAGACGGAGCAGCGUGCCAAGAGCCGGAAGACCCGGUGCCGAAAGUGUCGUGGCCCAGGCCGUCGCUCAUGAGGGAGAAAUCGAGCGCCGUGGCCGAUUUGAGGGCCCGCAGUGAGAGUCCGUCAGCCAAUCGGGUUCUCUUCUUGAAAGAUGUCCAGCAAGCUCAACAGAUGUCGCCGCUGAAAGCCCGGCCCAAACCGCCGCCCAAGCCCAGCCUUCACGAUCUCCAGCAGGCGUUCCAGAUCAAGCGGAACGGAAUCAUGACCCAUCACCACAUGAUGAUGCUGGAAGAGGAUCAGCUGUCGAUGGAUCAGCAGCAACGCUUGAGCUAUGCCGAGUCGCUGCCGGAAUCGCUGGCCGGUUUCGCCGCCACCAUCGUCUCCGAGGACGGGAUGAGUCCGUGCCCGUUCGAGCCGACCGUUUCGCCGCUCAUUUCUGAAUGCGAUUGGCCCCACAACACGACCGGAAAUGGAUCGUCUCCGGCCCCGCUUCCAGAUUUGAUGUCGCUCGCCUCGGUCACUUCCGGCCACCUGAGAAGUCGCAGCCGCAGCUGUGGCGGCGGAAGCAUCCACGCCGCGUCGGAGAACCUCUACAUGAACACGCAAAUGACUGCGGAAUUGGAAGCUGAUCAAUCCGGAUCGGGAUCCGUCAUGGAAGAUCAUUACCUGCCCAUGACGUCGACCAAACUCGUCUCGGCUCGCUCUCCUCCGCCGCUUCCGGCAGCCAAUCACUACCACUUUGAGGAAAACGCUUACGUCGAGAUGACGGACAACGGGAAGAUCAAAACUUCGCCACCUGGCGGCGGAAUCAACGGCCGGGCUGGCAGCAGUAAACCUUCGUCCGUUUUCGCCGGAGUUUUCGAUCCUUCCUAUCGGUCGCCGGAAAGUCCGCGCUAUAGCGAAAUCACCGACUGUCCUUCCGGUGGAAGAGAACAACAGGAAGAAGAUCAGCCGCAUUACGAGUUCAUCUACAAAGCGUCCAGCCAGGCCGAGCCGGUCUACAUGGAAGUUCCGCAGGGCGAAGAAGAAGAGGAGGAAGAUGCGGAUGAAAAUGCGGACGAAGGCAGGCGAGCAGAUGGCGGUGAUGGCGAAAGAGAAGACGAACUGGAAUCGCAGGACGGAAUCCAGGAACGUCAUACCAGCAGUGCCAUGGACACAACGGCCCUGGAAGAGAUGGAUGACGGUGGAAGACCUUUGGAGCUAAUCAUCACUCCUCCCCGCCAUCCGCGCUUCAGCAUCUCUGACACAUUCCGCCCGGCUUCCUAUUUCUUGCGAUUGGAGACGAUUCCGGCGACGGAAGAAAACGGACUGGAUGAUCAAGCUUACGGACAAUCGGAUGAUCAAUCCGACAGUGAACUGGUUUCUCCUCCGCCCAUUCCCACCAGUCCGCCGCCGACGACCAGCGAGUUUCCAAGUUUCCAGCAGCUGCAUCACAACAAUCAUCUCCAUCGGCCGCCGAUCCAUCACAGCCGGAGUCAGAGUCUAGACACGUCUCAAGACUACUUCCAAGGUCGAACGUCUCGAAAUAGUAUCACAUCCGAAUUGUGCCACAGCCAUGGCCGUCCGCCUUCCGACUUAUCUCAGAGGCGGAGACCUUUGACAAUUGUCCGAAGUUUGGAGGAUUUGUUGGUGGACUCGAGCGACGACCACUUGGCCGCUCUGACAUCGGCACACAACACGUCGCGAAUCUCGGUCGCAUUCCAGGGCAGCACCCAAAGUUUGGCCUCCAAUGGCAUCCGCAAUGCGGAAUCUUGGAACCAGCCGCUCUAUGAAAAUGUCUCGCAGAAUGUUGGGGGUCACGUCAGGCAGGCGUCUAGGAUCAGCAUCGCAUCGAAUGCGAGUCGGCGGAUGAGUUCGUCUCCGGCCGGAUCGAUGCAUUCUGAACACCAGCAACAACAGCAACAGCAGCCGCAACCGCAGCAACAGCCGCAACCGCAACAACGCCCUCGUUUGGGUUCAGCCUUGUCGCUCAAUUCCAACUCGUCAUCCAUCUGCCGGAGUGAGCAGAGCGCGGGAGCGCCUUAUUACUACUCCGAUUUGCUGAGCAAAACGCCGACAACUCCGCCCGACGCCAGUCUGGAGGACGGCAACAGUAGCCUCCGCUCGUCCAGUUCCAGGAGCGCUCAAGCCCAAGCGGCCAAACAGGCCUACCAGCACAGCAUGGAUCGAUUGCGCACUGUACAACGUCGAUCCUCUCCGCAGGAAUCCAGCGGAAGAUUGGGAAGCACAUCGAAUUUAGAUUGCCACCAGACGCCAACCAGUUCCGGCCAAUCGCGCUCGGAGCCCAGGCAGUUAUUGGAAACGAUCCGGAAGCAGCAGCAACAACAGCAGCAGCAACAACAACAACAUCAACAACAACAACUAUAUCAACGCGCUCAAACGCCGGAUUUGCUGGCCAACCACCCGGAACAAGAGUCGUUUUAUUACGCCAAUGGGAGAGGGCCGUCGGCCGCCACGCGUCCGCCGAUUGCUGGCGAUGUGAUGCGGCGGGUGCGCUCCCUGGAAGGUCUCCUGGAUGAAGAUCCGAAUCGAUCGAUUCAGCGCUCGGAUUGGAUUGAUCCGCAACCCAAUCGAUCAUCGGUGGCUUCCCACGCCAGCUACGGGACCAAUGGGUCCGUCGUCGGUGGUCACGGGCAGAGCUCGGCCGCAGCUGAGACGCCUCGCUACGCCCGAGAUCCGACAACUCGCGGCCAGGCCACCAAAACCCUUCCGUCGCACGUCCGCUCUCCGCAAGGAAGUGUGGGCGGCGACUUUGUCGGCGGCGAGUUCUCACCGUGGGACGAGGAUCAAUUGUGGCGCGACAAAUUGAGGCGUGCCAGUAUCCGUCACACGCGCUCUAUGGACAUGCUGGACGAGAUCCAUCACGAUAGCCACUCGGAUAGUAGGCACCAGUCCAAUGGGAAAUCCAUCCUUCCGGCCGAAGAGGAUUGCUACGAGCGGCUGCUCCAGUACUCGGCCACUCUGGAGCGGACCAAGCGCGGCCAGACUUACCUGGACGGCUACACUUGGGACGAAAUGGAACAGCGUUUCCGCGAGCCGGGCGGCCAGACGAAACAGCGCGGCAAGGAAACGUCUUCAACGCUGCCUCCGCUGCCACCGGCUCCGCCUCUGGCGUCGAAUCACUCGACAUCGACCGGCCACCUGGUCAUCAACAACAACAACAACAGCCCGUCGCAUCCUUUUUUAGAGGACGGCCUCCCCCCUCCUGCUUUCGAAAUUGACCGCGAGAAACUGCGUCAAUGGGAUCUCAUGUCCACGGCACCUGUUCCGUCGUCGUCGUCAUCGACGGCCGCUCUGCCCGACAAUCAAGCCAUCAACAAGGAGGGAGGGAGGCGUCCGGCUGCUGAUAGCAGUAGCAACAACACCACCAUCGCCACCAAGGCUGGCCAUCCGCCGCCAUCAUCACCACCGCCACAACAACCACCACCACCACCGCCAACAUCCAGCGAAUCCAUUAACAGAAAACCCACGACAACAACAACGACAACAACAUCACCACCACCACCAUCACAACCACCACCCCCUGUCCCGUCCACUCCAAUCCAGGCCAUCCGUCCGUCCCCAUUCCACCAGCUAGUGCCGCCCGACCUUGUCCGCACUCCCGGUGGAUCGAGCCCGGUUGAUGCUGUAGCGGCAGGACUCAAUCACGCAGCGACCGGAGCAGCCGGCAAGGCCAUCAACGGUAUCAAAGUUGCCUACAACCAGAGUGGUUUGACGGGCAAAGUUUCCUCCACUCUGGUGACGACUCAACAGCCUCCGUCCACCACCAAUCACAUGAUGACGGGCGAGAUUUAUCACUCGGACACGGAUACACCGCCCAAGAAAGGUAAAUUGCCUCCGAUGAUCGGUCACGACCAGCCGUCCUCUCAUAACGGCAACCGACAACCAGGCGAUAAUAAAGUGCAGCUGUCGGCGGGCGACCUCCUGGGCCGGACACAUGAGGAACUGGUUCUCCUCUUGAUCCAACUGAGGCGGCAGAGUUCCGCUUUGGUCAAAGCACGUGACGCCUGCCUCCUCGAAAUGGAAAGCCAGGUCAAACUGGCUGCGCUGGAUAUUUCUCAUCGACAAGAAUGCCUGAUAAAAACGGGCGAGCUGAAGCACCAUGUCAAAGAGCUGGAGAAGCAACUGGAAAAACUCAAGCCAAUGAUCAGCCUGGUGGACAACAUGGUCAAACUGGGUUCGUCAAUGUCACCGCAAAGACACAAAAGACUGCCCAAACCAGAAACCAGCACAGCUGUCAAGCGCAAUUUGACUCCUAUGCUUCACCAACAACAGCAGCAGCAGCAACAACAACUGCAACAACAACAGCAGCAGCAGAUACAACAACCGAAAUUUCAUUCCUCUCCCUAUGAGCCCCCUGCGUACAGCAACGUCCAGCAGAGGAACAGCACAAUGGUGUUCCACUCUACUCCACAUCGUCCAACUGAAAACGACGCCAAUGAGGCGUACGGAUCUGCCGUCCAGGGCUGGGAGGAGGCUCAGAUUUCUCAGCUCGAGUCCAAGCACCACCAGCUGGCUCAGUUGGAGAAAUUCGUUCGUGAGGAAGGCGCGGCCAUCCAUCGGCUGACACGCAAUCAGCAAGUCCUGAGACUAGCCAUCCGCGGGAUCCGACAGCAGACCAACACGGCCCUGCAAGUCGCCGACUAUGGCGAGGUGGAGCGGUGCCGCCAGCAACAGCUCUUUCUCGAGCGUGAGCUAAGCCAAAUUCACUCUCUUCUGGCCCUCAGUUCCAAACGGCUGGAAGACGCCGCGGUGGAGAUCAGCCGGAUAGAGCGAGAAAUCUCUUCACUUCAUCAGCAGUUGCAUCGCCUCGGAGCCAAUAACCGCCAACACCACCAAUCCGGUGGAGGUCAUUCGUUGAGCAGGUCCAACAACGGAAGGGAAAUGGCUUGGCUAGAGGCGGAAUUGAACCGCGUCCAGCAACACGUCUCGCAGUUGCAGACGAGGCGACAAGAACUCAGCAGCCAAGUCAACUGCCUGACGUCUGCCGAUUAUUUCCUAGAUCUUGACGAAUCCUUUUCCAGCACCGGAUCGACCAAACGCAAACCUCCUAGCACCUGGUGCGAGACGGACUUGGACUCGCUGAACACGACCGAUCGCUUAACACGAAUGGAAGAUCCGUCUGCGAUGUAUUUCGGUGGAUCGCAGCAUCAUCAGCCGCAACAACUGGAGCAACAACAACAACAACAUUAUCAGUAUGGCCAGUACGAAGAUAACACGUUGCCCGUCGACAUCAAUGAAGCUGACGAAAGGAUGAAGAGAUACUACGGUAUCGUCCCCAAGCAACCAGCUCCGCCUAUCAGCGCCGCUUCCGCCGCCGACAAGGCCGAAAUCCGCACGGUUCGCAUCGUCAAGCGGGAGUCGGAAAAGCGUCAGCGCGACAAGUCCAAAUCUCGAUACGACGACAAUUCUUUCGGAAUGGACGAACUCACCGAAGAGGAUCAAGCCCACGGCAACUCGAACGGUUUAUACAGCGAGGAUCCCAUCAUGGACGAUCCGGUUUUGUCCCAGUUUAGCCACGUUUUGACGCUGCCCAGGCGGGGUAGCAAACGGGACGAGCAAGGCAAGCGCCCCCUGUCGCAGCGCAAUUCCAUCGCAUUGAAUGAAACUCCAACGGACGGGCGGCCUCUUUCUCUCGGCCCGGAUCAAUGGAGAGGAUCACUCCGCCCUCGUCGCAAUAUGUCUUCGUUGUCACUUGGAGAUCGAAAUUCGUCCGUCAGUUUGGACAUGGACACGGGAGAGUCGUCGGAAGGAGGACUGGGGAGCCUGGAUUCGACUCAGCGCUCGCCCGUCCUCACGCCCGUCUAUACUAGCGAUGCCGCACGUGAAAUCAUCGAAGAAAUGCGCCGACAGGACAUGAUUUCGGCCCGCCGGGCCGUGCCCCGGCAUAAAAGACGCCACAUAACCAUAUCCUGUAGUCAACCCCUUGUCCUAGAAGCCCUGACCUCUGAUACGCGCAUGACGCAGGGCCGGGCUAGAGAUGACGUUGAUUUGCAGCGAGCAUUGCGCUUCCACCAUCCAUUUGCGCCGGAUGUGGUCCGAUCCACCAUCACUCAAGCCAUCCGCAUCAACGAGAAGACGAUCGAUAACAUACUUUGUGCUCCAGACAAGAUCGUCAUUCCCGAACGCUACGUACCCGAGCAGGAAGUGGAGGAGCUGGGAGAGGAGGAGAAGCAGAAACGGCUCAAGAAAACCGAGUCCAUUCGGCGUAUGCUGACGGGCUAUUCCACCGGUGUUGAUCUACCGCGACCUCCAUCCAUCGCCGCCACCAAUGACAUCGUAGAAUUGUCGGAAGCCAAGCAGAUGUUGGCCAAGGAGCGCCAGCAACGCGAUCAUUUCAUCGGCCUCAACCAGAUGUUGGUGGAGGAAAUUAAAGAGAAGAGCAAGAUGGCCGCAGUUCACGCUUUGGCCAACAUGAAGUCGAGACGGGAAAACAGCAGCGAAGAGGACGACUGGUCACCGCCCGCCGAUCCAUUGCCCAUCUAUCAACAGCGCUACAACUACCUCACGUGAGCUGACACACACACGACUGGUAGGGCGGCGACAGUGACGACGUUGGGCGAAAACCAGAGGACAUGUGUUUUUGGCUACAUUCACCCUCUAUUCACAAAGAAAAAAGAUGACUAUUUUUCUCUUUCUCUCUCUCUCCUCAUCACAUUACUCCAUCACUCAACCCGCCCUCGGCUGCGGGUAAAUGAACCCGUUCUCGAAAUAGAUUGGCCAAAAUGUUCAUCGUCGAAAUUAUUGAUAGCAAUCCUAAGUAAUAAAGAAACGUAGUGGCCUUGUUGCAAAUGAUUCAAGGGUAUCGGCGUCAUGCAUAUAUUGUUGAUUGUUAUAAAUAAUCACAUUUUAACUUUUAGACAGUUUGGUGAAUCGCGUCUGUUUUUGUGUGUGUUUUUUCUUUUGUUUUAUUUUUUGUCUGUUUUUUUUUUGUUUACAAGGGGGGAACGGGGUGAGUUGAUUGAUUUGGGGACACGCCUUUUCUUCUUCUCUAUUUGGAACAGACUGGCGCAGUUCCCAGUAUUAAUGGCUCGUUUCACGUAAAAUCGUUGUUCAAACUGAUCGGCUUAACGGCCUGUUUUUUUUUUUCAUGAUUUUUGUUUUGAUUAUUUCCUUUUACAUAAUUGAUGCGACGUAGUAUUAAGGCCAUCAUAUAUUCAUCGUCGCAGCAGCUUUAUUUAUCUUCGACGGACUUUGUUAUUUUGACUGAUGCCCGAGUUACUGACUGAGAACCAUCAUUACAUCCUGCCUGUUUAUGAAUAAACAGAAGUGAUAAAAAAAACUUAGUUUGUGUUUAUUGUUAUAUAACAAUCAUUUCGUAAUGGAUUUACGUGAUUGUUCUAAGGCUUUUUGCCAAAUCGGUUUGCAAGCGAAGCAAGACGUUGUCAAAUUGAUUGCACUAACUUAAUUCCUGUUCUCUCUUAUUCGCUGUUGGCCAGACAUGAAAAGUAAACAAACGAAAAACGAGCAUUUGUGGGUUCUAACUUGCCUAUAGCCUUUGAUCACUUUCAGAUGUCAAAUUAGUCAGUAUCAGUUACUUUGCACAUCCCUGUAAAAAUGUAUAGGCAGUUAUUAUUUGGUAAUUUUUUGGUGAUGAACAACAAAGCUCACUUGUUAAUUUUUCAAUAAUUGCUUUUUUUCAUCUACUAAAUAUGUAUUUCACGGAGAUGACGAAUAUUUUUUGGUAUAUUUAUUUUCCGUCCGACUUAGUCGUCCGUGGAUGCUAAGGGCUGUCACUAGAUGGCAAAAAAUGUCCGUGUGUUUAGGGAUUGAACUAUUCAGCUCUAGUGUGUUGGUUUCUAGAGGGAUGUAGGGGGUGGGUCAUCAAACUGUCAAAGUGCUGAGACGACUGACGAAACAGUCUUUCUUUUGCUGUCGAGACGCUGUCCGAGAAGGUUGAAUUUAGUCAUUGUUGGUACUCUCUUACGUGACAUUUUUGAUCAUAGACAUGAACAGUAAAAAGAUUUCUUGGUUAGUUUGAUGUUGGAGCUGCCAAUGGUGUUGAUGCAGCGUUCAUGGUGUGAGCAGUGGUUUUGCAGUCAUUUUCCAGUCGAGAUGUUUUGAGGGCGCGUUUUCGCAAUGGAGCUUGUCCAAAUGGAAUUUUCGCAAAUGGAGCUUGUGCAGACAUUCAGUUCAACAUCAUACUUCAAUGUGUUAUUUGCCUAUGUUGGUGAUCAUGCAGUGUUGAGCUGUUGUACAAAAUAGUCGAUGUUGCCUGGUGGUUGUCGGGUAUGUUUUAUCGGCUGCCUUUUGUCGAUGUGUCGUCUCAACCUUGUCACCUGUACACACGUUAAGUUCAAUCGUACGCCGCAGUUCCAGACUUGAUCCAUUGGUGAAGCCGAAAAGAGGUUGCUGUAAUUCAAGACUGAAAAACUAAUUAGACUGGACAAUUUACAAAUGCAUAUCUGUUGUCCCUUUUCCCUGAGUAAACAGCAUGUCUGCCGUUGGUUAUUCGUCUGGUCGAAAGGGAAAUAGCCAUGAGAAGUUCUGAUGUAUUUUUGGAGAAAGAAAAGAUUAGUUUGACCACGAAGUAAUUCUCCCUUAUGAUUCGCGAUCAACUGUACCACCUUCAUAUGACGUUUCAACUUGUUCGCUCACAUGUAUAUGUUCAAUAUUUAUUACUUUGCUAACAAUAAAAUAUGAAAUUAAACCUA